AUGGUUGGUUUCCGUUGGGUGGGCAGCGGAAUGGUCGACCGGACCCCAUCCUCUGAACCGUCUGCACAUGCUGCCCAUGUUGCAGCAGAAGGCGAUGAUCUCGACAUGAGCAACUUCCAGCCAAACUGCCCAGCAGCACAAGGUCAGGCAGCUGGAACGCAAGUAGAGGAGUCACAGCAACUGCGUGGUGCAUUGGACAAGUUCUUCAACGAUUUCCAUCGACAUAUCUUUGAUCCAGUGCUGCUGCGGUUGGAAGCCCUUGCAAUCCGGGAGGACCCUUCUCAAGUUCACAAAGAUUGA